UUGUCCGAUUUUGCUCAAUUCGGACCACUAAUCACUCUCGUGAACCUAACAGUUUCCGUUCAAAUUUGAAAUUCACACCCUGCUAGAUGGUUCAUCCCCGAAAAACUUCUUCCUGGUUGGCGAAAAAUCUUAAAUACUCACCGAACGGCGCCCACUCGUCAUUCAGUCCGCUACUGUCCGAACAAGAAGUUGGGUCAGGUCAUUAGCAAGUGCUAUACCUACCUCUAUCGUCGUUUCACAACAAAGAAUUUCGGAAAAUAUUCUGCUAAUUGGGUUAACUAUUCCAUCAGGUGGCAGAGCGAUAGUUCCAUUAUUAGCGCAGUUCCAGUAAGAUGAUCGUGCUAAGUGUUGGGGUGGUGCUAAUGGCACUCCUGAACGUCAGCAGUGCCGUUGAAGUGAUAACGAGUCCGGAAAGCGUGGUCGCCAGGGAGGGUCAACACCAGCUGAACCUGCUGUGCGAGACACCCGGAAGUCAGCCGAUCGAUUUCUGUAUAGUGAAGGUCCCGGGCUCGCCAGCUCCCUUUGCCAGCAGCGAUCGGUUGCCAGCGCCGGUUCCGGGGCUGAGGUUCUUCGGCCGAGGUUGGAGCAAGGGGUCCUGUGGGGUUUCGGUGGAUACGGUGGGGAAGCAGCAUGAAGGAUCCUUCGAGUGUACGGUUUCGGUUGCUGGUAAGAGCUACAAGGGUUCGAUCGGGAUCGUCGUGCAGGGUGAAGCGGUUGCUCCGGAGCCUCCGGUGAUCGAAGUGAGCAGCAAUGUGGAGGACGCCGAUGGUGAGUUUGACUUUGGAAAGCAGCUGAUAGCUCGCUGUAUCGCUCGGGAUGGCUGGCCUGGUGCCAAGUUGUCCUGGUUCUUGGAUGAUAAACCACUGUCUGGAGCUGAACUGGGAGCUGCAUACUCGGAAACGGUUAACCAAAGAACCACAGUUCAGCAGUUCUACCGGAAAGCUGUGACGGUGGAAGACAACCGAAAACGCCUGGUGUGCCGAGCUGAACACGAGGAGUAUCCAAAUGGAUUCAUGGAAACUGCCCUUCCAAUCAAACUUAGGAACACGAACCUAAGGGCCAAUGAAAUCCAGACAGAUGAUCUAAAGCAGGCAGAAGUGCAACCUUCUUCCCCAGAAUUGUUGGUUUCGAGCGAUGUCCAAACCAACAAAGGAGCGUUCAAAGUUGGGUCCGACAUGGUGGUGGAAUGCAUCGCUCGCGAUGGCAGACCGGCAGCUACAUUCUUGUGGUUCUUGGACGGUCAACUGAUCUUCGAGGGACUGUCGGCACCGUUCCUGGUGAAAAACCCCCAGGGCCUCGUCACAACGCAGCAGAUUCUCAAGCGGACAGUGAAAGCCAGCGACGAUGGCAAGGCGCUAAUUUGCAAGGUGCGACAUCCGAGUGGAACAAGCGAAACACGGCUGACGCUGCGCACCUACAGUUGAAACGUGGUGGUGGUGGGCUGGAACGAUUCUAAAACUUUAAGCAACUAUACCGGGUGUGAAGUGAUUAAACGUUCUAAUGAAACUGA